GAACUAACCAAACAGCAUUUAAGUUUGCGCAUGGCUAUUCGACUGCCAUAUUAUAUUCAAAAUCGACAACAACUAAUCUGUCUCCGCCGUGCCAUAUAAAAUGUCGGAGUCGGAGAAAUACGAGGUGUUGGAAAAGAUUGGCCAUGGAUCAUUCGGCAUCAUUCGAAAAGUAAAAAGGAAGAACGAUGGCGAAAUCCUCUGCAGGAAAGAGAUUAAUUAUAUUCGAAUGUCGCAGAAAGAGCGCGAGCAACUUCACGCUGAAUUCGCCAUCUUGUCGUCGCUCAGACACCCGAAUAUCGUUGGCUACUACCACCGAGAGCAUCUGAAGACGACACAAGACUUGCAUUUGUACAUGGAAUACUGUGGAAAUGGUGACCUCGGUCGCGUCAUCAAGGAUUUGCAAGCCAAGAAACAAUACGCCGAGGAAGGGUUCGUGUGGAGCAUGUUCUCACAAUUGGUAACUGCCCUAUACAGGUGCCAUUAUGGAGUCGACCCGCCAGAUGUAGGGUCCAACGUCUUGGGCCUUGGAAAUACUGCAAAGCCACGCCCACCGGUGGGAAAUGUUAUGAUUUUGCAUAGAGAUCUGAAGCCAGAGAAUGUAUUUCUCGGCGAUGAUAAUUCGGUCAAGCUCGGUGAUUUUGGGUUGUCCAAGAUCAUGCAAUCCCACGAUUUUGCUUCGACUUACGUCGGAACCCCGUUCUACAUGUCUCCGGAAAUCUGCGCCGCUGAGAGAUACACUCUGAAGUCUGACAUUUGGUCAUUGGGCUGCAUAAUAUACGAGCUCUGCUCGAGAGAGCCUCCGUUCAAUGCAAAGUCGCAUUUCCAACUGGUCCAGAAGAUCAAAGAAGGAAAGAUCGCGCCAAUCCCUAGCGUUUAUUCGCCGGAGCUCAUGGGCGUCAUCAAGGACUGCUUGAGAGUGAACCCGGAUAGGCGUCCCGACACAGCAGCUCUUCUUAACCUCCCGGUUGUGAAGCUGAUGAGGAAAGAGAAGGAGGUCGUGGAACUCGGGAAACUGCUGAAGACCAAGGAGGAACUUACUGCCCAGAAGCUCCGCGAAGCUGAUGAGAAGAUAAGCCGGAUCGAAAAUGACAAAGCGAAAGUAAGGGCCGAAAUCGAUGCCUCUUUGAGGCGCGAAUGGGAAGUUAAGGCAAGAUUGGAAAUCGACAGGCUUGUAAAGCAAGAAGUUGAGAAACUGCAGAAGAAGUUUGAAGCAGAAGUGCAAGAGAGGGUGGAAAUUCUCGUGGCAGAGAAAUUAAACACCCCCAGUGCUUCGAGCGAUACUGUGACCAUUGAGGACUUCUCACGAUCCAGUAUGCCAAGCGAUAUCCCAACUUCGUCUGUCAGCACCAGCGGAGAGUUCGAUUUCCCUUCGACGACGGAUCUUACAGAUCUAUCAUUAGACUCGCCAGAGCCUAUAAAACCGACAAAGAAAACCACACGGACACCAUUCGGCAGAGCCCAAACAAUGUUUGCUGGAACCCCAAUGGAUGUGGAAAUGGCAGAUCCUUCGCCAAUGUCGAUCGCAUCUCUGUCGCUAUCUCCUCGUCGAAAUGGAGGCGCAAAGGCGCCAGCUACAGGCCGAAAUAUCUUCGCGGAAGGUGGAAACCCGCGUGAUAGAUGGCAGGCAACCCUGAUGACAUCUGAUUCUGAAGAUGAGGAUGACAUGCCUCCGAUCCCAUCGCCGACCAGACAAUCUUCGGCGAACCCAUUUAAGCCAUCGAGUGCACGCCCUGCCCUACUAGCACAGAGAACAGCGCCUAUGCCACGGAUCUCAAACAUGUCGAAUCUGAAUGGAGCUGCGAGAGGAAUUACGGCGCCAUCCCUGCCAACUCAAGGCAAUAAUCUUGGUCUCCGACCUGCCUCAAGCAGUGGCGCCUUGAAGGAGCGAAGCACAUCACCAAACCGACGCCUCUCCAAAAUCCCUUCCUCCUCAAACCUCCAUGCUGCGGAUCUUGGCUCAUCACCCACCCGGAAGCCAAGCCUCACAAGGAAAACCGCAACAAGCACCGACCCAUCAGAACUUAAUAAAUUCGCCAUAAAGAACAACAUGGCUAUGAAGGUCAACCUGCCUCCGAAAGGGCGCACUCUGGUCGAACUCGCGCAGGCACGAGCUGGUGGUCGUCAGUUGGAUAUUAAUGAUAAUGUUAUCGUCGAUGAGAACUCGCCAAAGUCGAAACGCGCCUUUGCUGAUCGUAUGGCGCAACGAGAAGCUGCCUCAUGGGAUCCGGAGCGCGACGAGAUGCCAAGUCCUUUCCUUGUGAGGACUAGGCAGCCGAUCAGGAGGAUGUGAUGAUGUGUAUGACGGACCUUUGGAAACUGCAACGAAUGAAUGAUAAGGUCGAAGUAGGGGU